GGCGGAGACGUUAAAGUUUAACUUAGGUGGUGUGACCAGCUAUCCCUUCAGAUGCAAAAAUAAUGAUGAUCGGAAUACUAACUGUGACGGACUAGGCUUCCCAAAGGGGGUGACAUAUGCAACUUCUUGUGCCACCUGGUCAGAAAUAUCACAAGAAGAUCACGCUGCUUCUGAUAUGUUACUUGAUUCAUUUGGAAGGUUUCAUAAUUAUUUGAGAAUUUCCCUAACAGAGCGCUGCAAUCUCAGAUGCCAAUAUUGUAUGCCUGGGGAAGGUGUCGAGCUAACACCAAAUUCACAGUUACUAAGUUCUGACGAGAUCAUUCGAUUGGCCAAUCUUUUUGUAAAUUGUGGAGUAAAUAAGAUCCGCUUAACUGGGGGAGAGCCAACUAUCAGGAAAGACAUUGAAGAAAUAUGCCUCCAACUUUCUAGCUUGAAAGGAUUAAAAACGCUAGCGAUGACCACUAAUGGAAUUGUUUUAGCCAAGAAGAUCCCCAAGCUGAAAGAGUGUGGACUCAGUGUGAUAAAUAUCAGCUUAGAUACAUUAGUCCCAGCAAAGUUUGAAUUAUUGACAAGGCGUAAAGGGCAUGACCGGGUUGUGGAGUCCAUCAAUGCUGCUGUGGAGCAUGGAUUUAAUCCUGUUAAAGUCAAUUGUGUUGUAAUGAGAGGUAUCAAUGAUGAUGAGAUUUGUGAUUUUGUGGAGUUGACUUGUGAAAAGCCAAUUAACGUUCGAUUUAUAGAGUUUAUGCCAUUUGAUGGAAAUGUGUGGAAUACUAAGAAGCUAGUUCCUUAUGCUGAGAUUUUGGAUAAAGUGAAACAACGAUUUGAAGGUGUGAGAAGGCUUACAAAUCAUCCUUCAGAUACAACCAAGAAUUUCAUAAUAGAUGGGCAUCAAGGAACAAUCUCAUUUAUUACAUCAAUGACUGACCAUUUCUGUGCUGGUUGCAAUAGAUUGCGGCUAUUGGCUGAUGGAAACUUGAAAGUGUGCCUCUUUGGUCCAUCUGAGGUCAGUUUAAGAGAUCCACUUCGAGCUGGUGUUGAUGAUCUCGGGCUAAAGGAGAUAAUUGGAGCUGCGGUAAAGAAAAAGAAAGCCGCGCAUGCUGGAAUGCUCGACCUUGCAAAAACAACAAAUAGGCCAAUGAUACGUAUUGGUGGCUGAGGUGCUCUAUCAUAGCUGAUCAUGCACGAGUUCUUCAUUGGGAUGGGAUGGAAGAUGAUCAUAGAGCAAGGGGAAUGAAAACGCCUUGGUUCAUCUCCCAUAAUUAUAUAGAUAUGGGAUUGUUGUGGUGUGAUAUUUGAUGUGCAUUCAUAUAUAAAUCUUUUGGUAUGGUUUUUUUUUAAUUAAUUUAUUUAAAUUAGUGUGUUGUUUGGUAGAUGAAAACCCUUUUUUAUAAUUUCAAAUUGGGUUACUUUAUUUUAAUUUGUAAUUUUGUAUUUAUU